GAAUGCCUCAUCUGCUGAGAAAUCAAACGUUGCAGCCGAGGUACCAAGUUAGCUCAAGAGACAUCUCGAUACACCUGAAUGACUGAAACUUUUGUUUUUUUAUUCUUAUUUUGGGCCUGCAACCAACACAUGUAAGGUGAAAUGUUUUUGUGUUUUGUGAAAUGUGGUUUUGUUUUGACCCUCAGGGCCACCGUACUUUAAAGCUAUCAUGUUAAGGUUUGUGAUACAAUACACAUUCUCAUUGAAAGAUAUAUACACACAUAUACAAUUACUAGUUAUGCAAGACAAGUGCGAUCAUCCUACCAAAAAACAUAAACAUACUGAGUUGAUACUGAAAUUUAACAAUAUUUUUAUUAAACCAUAAAAAGAUGACAAAGAUAUAUGCUGCUUUUAAUCUAACAAGGUAAAAUCACUACAGUAAAUCCUCUUAACAUUACAUCUUAUGCACUUUGCUCCUGUUUCCAUUAACUCCUGUAUACUAAACAGCUGUCAAUCCUCAUUGGAACUCUGUUAGAGAAACACAAGCUCUAAAUCACUGAACAUGAAUGUUACAGAACAUACAUGCUAACAUAAAAGCAAACCUUUAAAACAAACUUAACUCUCAUUAACCCAGAUAACAUCAUUAUAAAACUGUUAAAAACCUGACGUUACAAAAUAUCCCCCUUACUAACCAAAUAAUCUGAAUAACAUUGUUAACACAUAUGUAGCAGUAGCCUACAGAGUAAAUAAACAUUAAGACAAAUUAAUUAAAAUGAGGUAUCUGCCUGGACAUUUAUUCCACCAUGGAGAGGUUCUAAGAAGUAUUGCAAGGGUUUUUGAAGCCGGGUCCCGGCGGACCAUGUGACCAUCUGCUCACAACUAUUUCACUACCAAAAAUGGACCUAAUCCAACAGUCAUUAGAAAGAUAAUUUGAAACUUACAUAUGCAUAUCUGUAUUUGAAAGAUGUGCACUCAUCAGUUUAACAACGAUUUUACUAGAUUUUUAUGGUUUCACUUUUGUGGUUUCUGUCGUCUGACCAGGACCGUUUUCGCCAGGUACACAAUGUCCCUGUCUGACCAAUGCUUGCUGGGAUAUUACAGGAAAUCUCAUUUGCAUAACCCCUAAUUUAUUCACAAAUCGUCAUACACAUUUGUAAAUCUUGUUUUUAUUUAUGACUAAUAUUGACACUAAUUUGACUCCAUAAUUCCCAAUCAAACGAAAACGUUCAAACACUGAACAAAACUUGGCAGUGAAAAAGAAAAGGAUGCCCAACACACUGGGUGCACAUUUAACGUUGUUUCGACAAAGUUUAACUCUUGAAUUGACUUGAGAAGGAAAAUAAAUCCAAUGUGUGAAUAUUAUUUUUGUCUUCUCAUUUCUAACUGUCCACCACCCCACUGACCCCUUAGGGAAGUGGAUGAGAUAAGGAAAAACUUAGUAAAAAAAAAAAACCAUCCUGUCCCAAAGUAAGCAUCAUAUUUAAGGUACUACAGAGAUACAGUAUGUACUGUACAUCCACGUAUCCUCAGCUGUAGCCUGUCAGCCAAACACAAUGAACUCACAUUUGCCAUGGGGCCGGAAACAUAAAGAGAUUUCUUAUUUAAGUACAAGGCAUUUCCUCACAGUCUGUAAAAUAUCACCAGCAGGUUGUUGAUGCCAAGCAGAAUCCCUCAGCAGAAAGACAAUAUUAUACUGCAGCACAUAAACACCCACAUGCUUUAUUAUGCUACCGUAAGUGUGUGCCUAUGCCUAUGUGUGCUGCAACACCCAUGAUUAAUAAUGAGCUCCGAGGCUGAGCCAGGCCCGCUAAAAGAAUUGAAAUGAUGUAUAACAGAACAUUCAUUUCUUUAGAUGUACCACUGGGUGUUAAACUAUGUGUAAAGAGAUGUUGUUUGUGUGUGUGUGUGUUUGUCACAGAGAGGGGGCAUGCUUAUGUUGUGAAGUAACCAUUAGAGUAACAUUUCCUCUCUGCCUGUCCAGUGAUAAUAUUUCUCCACACUGAGACUGGAUCAUUAGCACUGAAGACACAGUCUUAACUGCCUCUAACAAUCUGAUACACUGCAGUGGGGUCUCUAGCUGUCACUUAACAUUAUUUCUUUGCACUUUUGUGUCUGAGUAAGAGAUGGAGAAAGGGAGAAGUCUCAUGCACAUACACACAGUAAGACAGAGAUAGAGUUCUGGUUGUCAAGGGUACAUACAAAACAAAAAUCAAAAAAUGUCUCAGAAAGUGUACUUGAAAUUAAAUGCCCGUGAUUUUCGAUUUGUUGGUCCUAAGCGUUAUUUUUGGUUUCCAAGGUGAAACAUGGAUGGACAAAAUGGCAAGGGCUCCUCUCACUGAAUGGCUGUGCGUCAUCGCAGCAGAUGCAAUAGCGAGCACGCCUCCUGUCGUGCCAAAUAUAAAAGCUGCUCUCCUCCGACUUUCAAGAGACUAAACCCGUUUUACUCCGGCUGAUGAACUCGCGCGAAAACCAACAAAUGUCCACUCAGUUGAAACAAUCAUACUUUCUGUUUCCAUGUUGUCACACAUAGAGGCAUAAUGGAUUUAAACUUCACGCUGUCAGGGUGCGACAUGGGCGCGCUGGCGCAGAGACUCUUUGGGAAUAACUCAAUGUUUCCAUUUGAUAACAACACCACCGCUCCCAAGACGGAGGAGGAAGACUUGGAAGUCAACACGGACCUUUACUCCAAGGUGAUAGUCACAGUCAUCUACGUGGCUCUGUUCGCCGUGGGCUCUCUGGGGAACUCCAUCACCCUGUACACCCUGCUGACCAAAAAGACUCUGCAGAACCUCCAGAGCACCGUGCACUACCACCUGGCCAGCCUCGCGGUCUCCGACCUGCUGAUCCUCGUCCUCUCCAUGCCCAUCGAGCUCUACAACUUCAUCUGGUUCCACCACCCGUGGGUGUUCGGGGACGCCGUGUGUAGGGGUUACUACUUCCUGAGGGACAGCUGCUCCUAUGCCACCGCGCUCAACAUCGCCAGUCUGAGCGUGGAGCGCUACAUGGCCAUCUGCCACCCGUUCAAAGCCAAGAGCAUCAUGUCCCGCAGCCGCACCAAGAAGCUCAUCAGCGCCAUGUGGCUCGCGUCCUUCGCGCUCGCGACGCCGAUGCUCUUCAUCAUGGGCCAGGUGAUGCGUAAAGGCGAGAAGAUCUGCACCGCCAUCGUGUCCCCUGUCACCAUUAAGACUGUGCUUCAGGUAAACGCAUUUCUGUCCUUUGUGAUACCCAUGGUGGCCAUAUCUGCACUGAACGGGGUCAUAGCCAAUCAGCUACUGCGAAUGUUCCGCGAGGCAGAGCAAGACAACCGUGUCUGCAUCAUUGGGGGAAAUCCCACCAUCCUGAAUGUCACCGUGGAGCCCAACCGUGCUCAGUCGUUUCGCCAUGGAGUUCUUGUUCUCCGAUCGGUGGUCAUAGCCUUUGUGGUCUGCUGGCUGCCCUAUCACGCUCGCCGCCUCAUGUUUUGCUACGUCUCUUACUGGUCCGAGGACUUGUAUGACUUCUACCACUAUUUCUACAUGCUGACCAACGUCUUGUUCUACGUCAGCUCGGCCAUCAAUCCAAUCCUCUACAACCUGGUGUCAGCCACCUACCGCCAGAUCUUCUUCUCCACGCUGCGUUACUUCUGCCUGCCCUGCCGCCAUACACCCAGGAGGCACCCCCACCGCCUGAAUCGCCACUCAAUCAGCAUCUCCAGCAACCACACCCUCUCUACCAACAUCAUCAAAGAGACUGCGUACUGAUAUGGCUGCAAUGGAAUACGCUUCGUCAUUAUAUAACCCCAUCCACUGCCACCUUGUGAUUACUUCCAGCUUCAUCAAUGAAAUCUAGUACUGGUUCAGAGACUGUUGGCAAAGGCUGAUCCAGUACUGGGGUCACCAUUAUUGUCAUGUAGGGUCAAGUGCCCACUCUGAGACCAUUUCAUUUCGGAUGCACAUUUUAUGUUUGUGUGUUGUAUCUUUUAUUUAAUACAUGAGUUUAGCAUAAACAGAGUGAAAGAGUAUCUUUUAAAAUGGAAACUGAUAUGUAAAUGUUUUUAUACAUAUAUUUCUAUGUACAUGUUUUUAUUGGACAAAUCAUUCACUUGUUUGGUGCUGUACAGUGUAAAUGUCUCUACUGUUUCAGUCUAAGUAUCAACUUAUAAAACUCCAAAGUACUUUUUCUAUAAAAAUGGCCUCUGGCAAUACUUUCACCACUUUAACAGUUCUGAUGUAACCUUCCAUUGUGCUAUUUUGCGGGAGCAUAUGUGGAUAAACCUGGCUUUGAUGUUAGAAAAAAGAUGGGCAAAGAGUAAGUGUUUUCUCUUUCUUGAAUCCAUGUUGCAUUCACAGCUGUAUAGGGAGAAACAAAAUCCCGUGUCUCUUUUGGCUUUGUCACGAGCAACUUUUUAGCAAAAUGUUUGAACAGAGGGUCCAGAUAAUAAGGAGUCCUUAUCACACUGCUUAGACUCUGAAAUAUGAAUGUCCAUGGGAUCUGUAAAUAGUGCAGACAUGAUUAUGAUUAUUUCUGGUAAUAGUUUUCUGCAUUCAUAACAGCCUUUUAAAAGUGUGAGGUAAAUGCGUAGACAGGAGAAGUGGCUGUAAUUGAUUAUUUGAAUUAACUGUACAUAACAGCAGUGACCAUGUGGAGCAAAUAACACAUGUUGGAAAUGAAUUGACGCAUAGACGCACGCAUGCUGGAACGUGACGUUGGGCUUGUCAGGGCAGACAAAUGAGCACAGAGCAUCCGCUCUAAUGCCUCUCCACCAGCUGCUGCUUGAGGAAUCAGAGGCAGGCAGAGAUCUGGGGACUCAACACCCCCACUCAACUGGGGACAACGUUUCCUUUAGGAGUGGCAUGAAGAUGUGAAACAAUCUGGACUCUUCCUCAGCUCAGGCACACAAGAAGUGCUAUGGAACAUUAGAGAAAUGCCAUUGCCAUCUCUUAUCCAUGAUUCAGCAACAGCAUUUUUGAAGGCCAAGAGAAUGGAGCUUGUACGACGGGUCACUCUCUUCUGAAUGAUGUUGGGUAGUACAAAAUGCUAUAGUAGUCUCAUUCCGAAAUAAAGUUUUGACCAGAAGAGCAUUUUCUACUAGCCUUCUACAAAUUAUCAACUCAGUAUCCCUGGGAAUUAUGUGAUUUAUGUCCAGCGGCAACGUUUGGUGCCAAUACAAGAAGUAGUGUGCUUUUAUGUAGCAAGCCAGAACGUAAGGGUGUAGUGGUCGAGAUGCUCACAGACCUACAGUUAAUGUUUGCCAUUUUUAACCAACUAUAACCACGAUCUUUCCCUAAUCUUAACCAUGUGUUAAGGUUGCCAAACCCUGACCAAAACUUAAACAUAGUGUGUCUGCCAUAAGCAUGAUCUUUCCCCAACCUUAACCAUACCCUGACCUUAACCAAGCAUUUUAGUUGCCUAAAGGCUGGAUUAUGCUUGAAACAAACUAGUAUGUACGUAAGGCAAAAGUGUUUAUAGCUGUUCCAAACAGCCGACAAGCACUUAAGUUGAAGUAUACUGUCGCCUUAACCUUAAACUCUUGUUGAGGUAUGGUUAUUUGCUAUAACCACAAUCUAUCCAUAACCUUAACCAUACCAUAGUUGCUAUGUGCAUUGAACCUAAAAAAAACAUUGUCACUGAACGUAAUCAGGGGUUUUGCAGAAAUGUCGACUAUCGACAUUCUUGUCUGGCGAUAGGUUUUGGUACACAGGCAUGUGCAUCUACAGUACUUUCACUAUUUAGUGCUGCCGUGUAAUAUUAACGUGUCCACCAUGUUAUUGACUGUACUGAUUACAAACUUGACCAAAUUUAAACAAAUUGUGAAAAGUACCGGAUUAUACACACAAAAUGCCACUGGGAAUAGAUUACAUAAUUAUGAACAGGAUCUAUCGUUAUGUCAAGCUAAAGUGAUUCUUGUCAAGGUAAACUGAAAAUUAAUUCAGGGUCAUGGGUGAGGCUGUUUUUAAUUGGUCAUCAUAAUCAUUAGUGGAAAUAUUUUUCUCCGUAGAAAAUGUACUUGUUGCUUGUGUUGUCAGUAUUCUGAAGCAUAGGUGUGUACAGUGUGUAGUGUUAAGGUAAUGCUUUCUCCGCAUGCAUGCACUUGUAUGUUCCCCACAGAGUACAUGUAACUUGCAAUUUCUGUUACUUGUGAAUGUGCUUCUGCACAAGUCACGUAUUCUAUGUUUCUUUGCUUUAAUAUAAACAAAUGGGAUCAAUUAAUCAGCAGCACUUGACCAUUUCAUUCUCAAGAGGUUCAGCUGUUGGCAAGAGAACCCAGGCAGUUGCUUCAUUUAUAAGAGAAGCCUCUAUUAAUUGAUUUCCAUUUGUUACAAAUGGAAAUCAAUUGAUUUCAUUAGGAUUUCAUUAGUAGGAUUUUGUUACUGCAAAAGGCUGCAGUAAUUAUACAGUACUAGGGUCACAGCAGUUGAAUCAUUCAGUGUUUUCUCUGCUUAUGUAAGUCCUACUUUUUCAUUUUUAUCUUACAGCCUCUUUUUAUAUUAGCCAGGUUAGGGGUGUAACAGUACACACAAUUCACGGUUCUGUAUGUACCUCGGUUUUGGGAUUGCGUUUCGGUACAUUUUCGGUACAGCAGGGAAAACCAAAAAAAUGCAGAAAUUUGUAACUGUUAAUUAACAGUUACUCACAUACUGGAUUAUUGUCAGUACGAAAAAAUAAAGAGCUGUUGAUAAUUCCUGAACAGCUGCAGCUUGCGCUGGUUUAUACAGGACAGGGCAGAACGGACUGACUAAAAUGCACCGGGAAACCGUAAUGCUGCCAUACAGUAGAUCUAAAUGUCCCGGGAGGAUUUUCAAGCUCUGGUCUCUCAUUUGUGUUUGCCGUUCGGAGGCAGCGACACUACAUGAGCUCACUAACCUGGCUAACCGGGCUAAGCCAACUAGCAUGCUACAGUUGAUACACAACAACGGCUGCACUGCUAAAACUUUCCAGGUAAAACUCGUGCUCUAGAAUUUCUGUUCCACGCUUAUCAGUAGUCGACGUAAAUAAACUAUUUUGACAGUAAUUGUUUGGGUCACAUGGCAUUCGGGGCGAAUACACGUACCGUUACACCACUAUUGCCAUGUAAACACCAAAGGUUAUGUAGAUGUACCAUGAGUGUAUACAAAGUCCCAUGAAGGAGUAUAGUCAAUUUAGCAGUGAUUAUAAAAUAGUCUAAAGAAUGCUAGUGGCUCUGUGCUGAAUGCUAACAUCGGUAUGCUAACAUGCUUAUGCUAAGCAGGUAAAGUUUACCAUGGUCGCCACCUUAGUUUAGCGUGUUAGCAUCCUAACAUGUGCUAAAAAGCAGUAAACACAAAGUACUGCUGAGGCUGAUGGGAAUGUCAUUAGUUUUGCAAGUAUUUAGUCAUAAUAUUGGACAAUUUGAAAUUUUAACCUGAUGAUGGCACCAGAGGAAAAGUCGGGGGAUCACCAAAUUUAGUAGGCUGUAUCUUCUGGGGACCAAGAAUAUCUGUACAACAUUUCAAGAUAAUCCAUCCAAUAAUUGAGAUACUUGAGAUAUUUCAGUCUGGACCAAAAUGGUGAACUAACUGACAAAAAAUGAAAACAACUAAAUAAAAUACUUUCACUAUCAAAAUACUACAGUUGUGCAAAAAGAUCAGCAGCACUUCUGUGUAUUCAGUAUUUACCACCUUUUAUGCAUUACACUUACUUUUGCCCACUAAAUCUACAGUGUGCACUGGUGUUGUACUGUAAAAAUACUUGACACUGCUACCGCCUUCUCAAUGCAUAUCACAGCAGUGAAUUGCAAAAAAAAGCUCAACCUCUGUGUAUUAUUUUUAUUAUAUGACUAUUAUAUGUGUUUAAUAUAAUGUACUAUAGUUAUUAUUGGUGACAGUUACUAGCUGUGCUUUGUAUUGGAUAUUGCUUUGUGUUCUGUACAGUGUCUGUGCUGUUGAAUCUGUGGAGGCUUUAGUCACUUUAUAUAUGCUCCAUUACAACUUAACUCAGCCAAACAUCCGAUUCUCUAACCCACAGAUCCACCAGACAACCAUACUGAAUGAAAUAUAUGAUAUAAAUAUAUAUAUAAAUAUUGUAUAUCCCUUUCUGUACUCUUGUACAGUCCUGUACAUGGAUAUCAUGACCUUAAUGUGUCUCAGCCCACUGUAUUUAAAUCAAAGAAAUAUUUCUGAUGAUUCAGAUCAGCCAUGUUUGAGUGUAUAAUCACGUUUCUCAAAGAGAAUAUUAUUUCAUUUCAUUACAUAAAGAAAUAAAAGAAUGAAGAUAUAAAAUAAA